AUACAGUGAAGAGCUAGAAUGCGGUUGGACGAUCUAGACUUUGCAGAUGAUCUGGUUCUUCUAUCACACACUCAACAACAAAUGCAGGAGAAGACGACUAGUGUAGCAGCAGACUCAGCAGCAGUAGGUCUCAACAUACACAAAGUGAAAAACAAGAUUCUCCGAUACAACAAAAAAUGCAUCAAUGGAAUCACACUUGAUGGUGAAGAUUUGGAAGAUGUAAACACUUUCGCAUAUCUGGGCAGUAUCAUUGAUGAACAUGGUAGAUCCGAUGCAGAUGUGAAGACGCGGAUCGGUAAAACAAGACCAGCAUAUCUACAAUUGAAGAACAUCUGGAACUCAAAACAACUAUCUGUCAACCAACACCAAGGUCAGAAUUUUCAAUACAAAUGUCAAGACAGUUCUACUGUAUGUGGCGGAAACUUGGAGAACUACGAAAGCCAUCAUCCAGGAGAUACAAGUGUUUAUUAAUAGUUGUCUACGCAAAAUAAUUGGGAUCCGUUAAUCAGACACUAUCAGUAACAACCUACUGUGGAAGAGAACAAACCAGAUUCCAGUGGAGGAAGAAAUCGAGAAGAAGAAGAAGAUCUGGAAGUGGAUAGGACGCACAUUGAGGAAAUCACCCAGUUGUGUCACAAGGUAAGGCCUCACAUGGAAUUCUGAAGGGGAAAGGAGAAGUGGAAGACCAAAGAACACAUUACGUCGAGAAAUGGAGACAGACAUGAGAAGAAUGAACAAGAAUUGUAUAGAACUGUAAAGGAGGGUGAAGGACAGAGUGGGUUGGAGAAUGCUGGUCGGCGGCCUAUGCUUUAUUGGGAGUAACAGGCGUAAGUAAGUAAUAUAUAAUGUUGUAGAUCAUAGUCAUACACUUUCAACCGGAUCCUAGUUUCAUUGAAAUUUAACAACCUCCACAAUUUCAUACUGAUGAAAAUUUUAUGUUGUCUUUAUUUGGAGAAAACAAUCACGUGAAAUUUCCCCUCGAACCUAAAAGGUGUAAAUAUUUCAGAACAAACAUAAAGUACGAAUACAGCAGACAAUGAUGAUGGAAUAAUGGGAACAAAACACUGUAGUUUACAUUCUAUGCAAACUUAAUGUUAUAGAUCAAGUUUUUGGAUGAGUAUGUAGUGACUCACAUUUAUCACGAGAACUAGACUGGUUCAAUAAAAACGCUUAUUAUUAUAACCAAGUAUACCAGUGACUGUUUUAAUGUGCUUUUGUUUGACUGUGCUAAUGACAGCUAUUUUGUGCUUCCAUUCUUUUACUUACACUUCGAUUGUAACUUCGAGCGAAUUCGGUUACCUUCUGUAACCAAGGUUGUAUCCUGGCACGAUCUCGGUAUCCUUUCGAUGCCACGAGAUCGCCAGCAAAUAGACAUCGACUUGGUCCAUUAAUUGCCUUCUGGUAUUUGGCUUCUCGGAGAUUCUAUUGGUUUCUUUGGUUACGUUCAACCUACGCCUUCUGAUUUACCUGGCACGUGUUUCUCUGUAGCGGUGUUCAUAGUUAAUCUCAACUCGACGCCACGCAACAAUUGGUGAUCCCACAGUUUGGAACACGCCUCAAGUUCUGGUCAAAUCUACCAAAGAAGCCAAUUCGGUGAGUCUAUGAUUUAUCUAUCCACGUCUGUCGUAUAUUUUCAUAUUUUUUAAUAUAUAAUAUACUCGACAUGACGGAUAACGAUAAGAAUAGUAUUAAUAUAAUAGACUCACAUGUAUGUGUACCGAAUCCUUGUCACUUAUUAUUCGCGUGACGAUGAAUUCCACGCUUUAUUCGAGAAAUUUUCCCCUAUUAACUAUUCUCCUCGCUGACCCGGCUGCUUGGUACGGAAUGCAUUCGCAUACGCAUUAACGUCAACCUCCC